AUGAAGAGUUUGUUUUCUGUUUGUUUUCUAUUGGCAUUGAGCCAGUUUGCUUUUUCUCAGGCUCUUAGAGUGCCAACUGAGGAUACCAUUAAGGAUGCCACCAAAGAAAAAGACAUUUGUGGGUUUGUGGCUGAUCAACAAGUGAGACUAGCUUGUCAAGCUUUCUGUCAAGAUGCUCAGUUGGAUUGUGUUGCUGAUACUGAUACUGCUAGUACCAAGAAAGAAGAAUGUAAAGCAUUGAAGGAAAUUUUCUUGGGGUAUUUUUAUUUGGAUAAUUUGCACACUCAAUUGCCAUGUGAAACUACUGCUACUACCACCACUACUAGUAAGACUAGUAGUGAGCACAGAAGACUGCAGACAACUCCCACCACAGCAAGUCCCUCCACCUCUGUGAUUCCAUCUGCUAGUCCUUCCAUUUCCAAAAGUCCAAGUGCGACUCCCUCGAUCGCUCCCAGCAACAUCCCCAGUACAUCUCCAUCCGCUGCUCCGUCGACGUCCAAAAUGCCAUCUGCUAAUCCUUCCACUUCUCAAGCUCCUUCCUCAUCCCCCAGUGCUACACCCUCGGUAUCCAAAAGUCCAAGCCAAAGUCCAUCCGUCUCGAAAAGCCCUAGUUCAUCCCCAAGCACUUCUCCCAGUAACGUACCAAGUACUUCACCAUCGGCUCCCCCAUCCGUGUCCAAAAGUCCCUCUGCUAAUCCAUCCACGUCUUCGUCACCCAGUAACCAGCCAAGUAAUAUUCCAAGCAAUAUUCCAAGUACGUCCCCAUCCGCUCCGCCAUCGGUAUCCAAAAUGCCGUCUUCAAAUCCAUCCACUUCUUCUGCCCCAGUAGUCAACCAGUGA